AUGGAAUUAGAGUAUCCUAUCGCGCUUGCAACGUGUGAUUAUAUGAUUUGCUGUUCGUUGUUUAUCUGUUUUCGAAAAAUGAACCAAACAAUCGACAACAACCUAAAGGCGAUAUCCAACAGGACAUCGAAAAAUUCCAUUGGAUAUUCUACAUUCUCUAAGCGACGUUCUGGCUUAUAUAAAAAAGCUAGUCAACUCGUCAGAGAAAAUGAUGUCGAUCUUGGUAUCGUUCUAACUUCACCAACCGAUAAAGUAUACGCUUUUGUCCACCCAACUUCUAAUGCAGUUAUUGAUCGUUUUAUAAACUUGAAAACAGAUUUUGGUGAUCGAUUUGUUGCAGAAAAUUCACGUGAUAAAGUGAAUCAACUCAAUGAUAGGCUAAAUGAAUUUGAUAAAAGAGAAGAAAUUGCAAAAGAGAGCCUUCUUGCUUUAAAUGAAAUGGAUAAAACUAGAGAGAAAUCGCUGGGAGUUCAUCGAUCAGUUAAAUGCAGAUGA